AUGUCGUCUCAUCACGGAGUUCAAUUCAGAGAUUUGACAUCGUUACCUACUCUCAUACCAACGCCUCAAUAUAUCAAUGAUAUCGAUGAACUACAGAAUCCAGUCUUCGAAGUUAAAACUCCACUGCAACUAGAUCGUCAACAUCGCAUUAAAAUUAAAAUGUUACUCGACAUUGUUCUGUUUGUUGCACUUCUAGCAGCUGGCUUAGUGUUAUUUGCUAGUGUCGGCCAAAAUAUCUUAUUACGCUCAUUUGGUGCUGCAUUCCUUAUUGCCGGCAUUAUCCUAGUAAUAUUAAGUGCCUGGCUAGUUCUGACAGGACCAUCGAUGUUUCGAAAAAUGAAUCUAUUAAAAAUGGCAACUGCUCUGAUUGUACUUCUUAUUGGAAUUGCUCUUGUUGUCAUAGCAGACGAACAAAACCUGCUAGUAGUUGGCUAUGCUUUGUUCGCCACUGCACUAUUAAUUCUUAUAACAAAAUAUUUUUUUCUGGUUGAAGAUGAACAAAUUCGAAUUCAACGUUUGGAACGAGAAUUGCGAAAAGCAAAACAAUCAGCUGGAAUGGGUAUGGCUUUGUCUUACUUCUACAACUUUAUUGUACCAACAGCAGCAAACAUACGAUCGUUGGAUGAGGGUCAUACACCAAUUGACAUGGAAAUAACUCGUGGACAAUUUGAAGAAUAUCAGCUUAAAAACGACCAAUUGUUUAUUAUUGUACCUCGUGAUCUUGAUGGUUCUGAUAUAAAGGUAUUUUUAAAAAACUUAUCGUCGCCCCCAAAUCCGUCUAUUAUACAAGGAAAACCGAAAGAACGACCGGGCAAUGAUACACAUCGUCCGAUGUUCGUGUAUUUCCUCGAAUGGAAUCCAACAACAAAAGAAUGUGACGGUCUAUUUGACAUUCCAACCAUAAUUUCCUCAUGCUGGGAUAGAUAUAGAAAUGAAAAAAAAAAUCAAGAUUAUACAGUAGAUGUUACUGAUGAAAUAGUGAUAUUUCAAAAUCAGCUGCUUGCAUUAGUCAAUGAGCAUCCAAUAACAAAUGGAAAAGUACGCAUUCUGAGCUUUCCAUCGUUACCAUUUCGGUUUUCGGACAUAAAAUAUGCUGUGACACAGUUGGCUCAUUAUGAGAUUUAA